AUGGUCAGGCAUUCAGUGCAGAGACCACACUUUAGUAUCAAGGUCUUCACGUUGGAGGAGGUUAAGAGUAUCACUCAAUUCGCAGUGAAGACCUUCUUUGCGCACUUUCUGCUGUACAUGUACAUGGGCAUGCCUCAACGCCAACUCGUGGUUCGUGGUUUCCCCUCUGAAGUUGGGAAAACUUCCGUUACUCACGAGGAGUUUCUGAAGCAACAAGAAUGCUAUGAUUUUGCUGAAGAACAGAAACCAACAGUUAGAGAGUUGCCCAAUAGAGUCAAGGAUGCUAUUGAAUUAUAUGCGAAGGAGAUUAUGAACAAGUUUGAUCGUAAGAUGGAUGAACAGGAGACACGAUUGAACCCAUGA